UUUUUUAAAGUAAAAAUGUCAAUUUUUGAAUAUUUAUUUGGUGUUAAUUACAAAACGGGCAGUGAAGGUAUAUUACAAACUUUAAAGUUGCCUAAGAUUUUUGCAGUUGUUACACAAGAAACGAUACCGUGUCUCCGAGAUGAUGGUACUCUUGGAGAAAAAAUCAUAUGCAAAAACGAAUAUGGCGAGAGAGUUGAUUGCCCAACCGAUGGUGAUGAGGGUGAUAAUGAGGAUUUCAACUUCUCAGGAAAAAAAAUGGCACCCCCAUACUAUGCAGAUCUGGGCAAGAAGGCCAAUGAUGUCUUCAGCAAAGGCUACCACUUUGGUGUGUUCAAACUCGACCUGAAGACAAAGAGUGAAUCCGGUGUAGAAUUCAGUAGUGGCAUCACCUCCAACCAGGAGAGUGGCAAGGUAUUUGGCAGCCUUUCAUCCAAAUAUGCAGUGAAGGACUAUGGUCUAACAUUCACAGAAAAAUGGAACACAGACAACACCCUUGCUACCGACAUUACCAUCCAAGACAAAAUCGCCGCUGGCCUUAAAGUCACCCUUGAGGGGACUUUCGCACCACAGACUGGGAGCAAGACAGGUAAACUGAAGACCUCCUUUUCCAAUGAGACGGUGGCGAUUAACACUAACCUUGACCUGGACAUGGCCGGACCAGCUGUGGAUGUGGCUGCAGUUCUUAAAUACCAAGGCUGGCUGGCCGGUGCCAACACCCAGUUUGACACACAGAAGGGCAAGUUCAGCAAGAACAACUUCGCCUUUGGAUACCAGACCAACGACUUUGCCCUGCACACCAAUGUGGACAAUGGCAAGAACUUUGGUGGUUCCAUCUACCAGAAGGUGUCUGACAAGAUCGACUGCGGCGUGAGCAUGCGGUGGACCGCCGGCUCAGCCGACACACUGUUCGGCGUUGGUGCUAAGUUCGCGCUGGACGCGGACGCCUCCCUGCACGCCAAGGUCAACAACAAGUCCCUCAUCGGACUCGGAUACCAGCAGAAACUACGCCCCGGCGUAACCCUGACUCUGUCCGCCGCCAUCGACGGUCAGAACUUCAACGCCGGCGGGCACAAGGUCGGCGUCGCCUUCGAGCUGGAGCCCUAGGCGGCC